AUGCGAACGAAGAAACGACGACCCACAAACCUGCAGCCCGAAGAGGUCGCUGGGGGCUGCUGUGGGGCGUGCCUGCUCGAUCUCAUCGAUGCCACGGAGAACGAACUCCUCGACCAGAACGCCGAACUUCUGAUCCACAAACCAGAACUUUGCAACCAUCUCUACCAUAAGAACUGCCUAAUCCAAUGGUUCGAGCGUGAUACAUCGUGUCCGCAGUGUCGAAUUCGUGUGGAUAUGAUCGAGGAGUACUUGGGUAAAGGCGAGUACGUAAGGAGUGCUAAGGUGCUACCCGUUUUUCUCGAAGACGUUUUGGAGGAGGAAGAGGAGGAAGAGGAAGAGGAGGAAGAGGAGGAAGAUGGGCACAGUCUAGUUGGUGGUCGAAUUGCUCGGACCCCCGGCCGCACCGGAGGAAAAUCCCAAGAGGGGGGAAGACCUGAAGAGGGAGGAAGACGCCGAGAGAGAGGGAGACCCCGACGUCGGGAUUCGAUCCGACGACGGAGGGAUGAGGAGCGUCGCGAGCUGGACGAGGCAUUGUUGAGUAAGAUAAGGAAGGAGACGGAGCGCAUGCGGGAACGACUGGCACAGGAGCGAUGUCGAGAGUUAAGGGAACAGGCAGCCAUCCUUGCCCGCACAGACCCGCUUCUGGUGCGCGUGAGCAUCGUCAAUAGCCUGCGCCGGCUGCCCUAUAAUUUGCAGCGAGAACAGAGCCAGGUCUUCGUGCCCACUCGGAAACCCGCAUCUGCGCGCCCUGCCCGGCCUAGCUUUAUCAAGCUGACGCCAGCCAAAUACGAGAAAGACUUCCUCGCCAGCGAACAACUCUAG